AUGCUACAACUACUUGCCGUGGUGUGGUGGUGCGCCGUCGCCUCGUCUGUGGCCACCGACGACUUGUACGAAGUCGUGCCAGACUUCACCGGGGGCUUUGGCUGCGACGGACCGCUGCAGAACCUUGACUUUUUUGGCAACGAUCUGUUUCAGUUCAAAGGCGACGGUGACGCGUGCAAGAAAGCGUGUAACGACACCCCGGCCUGUGGCGCGUUCACGUUGGCGUACGGCCAGUGUUUUAUCAAGUCGGACGUCGGCUCCAAAGUUUCGUCGACUCGCGGAUGCAAGUCGUAUAUCUGCUACCGUCAACGUUAA